UAAUCUGACCCUAAAUUUAAAUAUAUUAUCAGUGGGCGGUACAUCGUUUAUUUAUUUCAUUUUGGUUUUUACGUUUGUCCUUCUGGAUGUAAUCGGAGCAUAUAUAAAGAAACAAUUGUGCAUUUAAUCUGUUAUUUGUUUAGUCAUGUUUUACGGAAUGUGGAAGCCACACAGUCUUGUGCUGUUGUUCACCGUGUUCUGUUUGUUCGAGUGCAAUAAAUGUGAAGAAGAAAAUCCUAGACCGAAAAUUGUGGGAGGAUACCCUGCUAGCGAGGGACAAUUUCCGUAUCAGGUUUCGUUGCGCGUCAAGGGGAGACAUUUUUGUGGAGGGUCUAUUAUCAAUAAACGAUGGAUUCUCACAGCCGCUCAUUGUUUGCGAGGAUUUAAUGAUUCCGCAAUAACUGUCGUCGUGGGAACAACGAAGUUGGACGAAGGUGGUGACAUAUAUCACUCAUCCGAGGUCCACGGACACCAGGGAUACAGUUCAUUAUUCGUGAGGAAUGACAUUGGACUCAUUCACGUAGACGAAGACAUCGAAUUCUCAGACAACGUUAAGCCCAUUUCACUUCCCACGGAGUAUUUUGAUAAGAGCGAUUACCCGGCUGUUCUAUCCGGUUGGGGUACAACGAGCUAUCCAGGAAAGUCACCCAAUGAUCUUCAGCACAUAACACUGACAGUUAUUGAUCAACGCGAUUGCAGAAAUGCUUCGCUGAUGCGCAUCACGAAAAAAAAUCUCUGUACACUCAAUGGAAAGGGAGAGGGUGCUUGUCACGGCGACUCUGGUGGUCCUCUAGUAGCCGACGGGGUUCAAAUUGGUGUUGUCUCAUGGGGUACCCCCUGCGCCAAAGGCAAACCGGAUGUCUUCACAAGAGUGUACAGUUACAUCGAUUGGAUUAACGAAACGAUGAGUGAACAUGAUGACGUCGAUUUUGAAGACGAUGAUGAUUAAUUAAUCCCACGGAAUAUUCUCUGGAAUUAACUAAUUUAAUAAAAUAAUACUACAUAA